AGAGAGGGAGACUACAGAUAAAUUCUAGAAUUCUGUUGUUGCAUUAGCAUCACCAUGUAGGUUUUCUUGAGGAAUUGGACAAUGAAAUCAAAGUUACUUGCAUUUUUUUUUGUUUUUUUGCUUCUGUAUUUGCAGUGACAAUCAUCAAAGUCUUGUUACUGUUGGAUGAACAGAUUGUGUGGGGACAAUGGAGGCUAUGCAAAAGUUCAGUGUGUACUCAAGUAGCAAAGUAAAUUUUAUAUCAACAGUUCCCUUGUGCAAGACUGACACUGGGACCAACCAAAAUAGAGGACUAGAGGGCAAGUUGGUUCUUUUGGCAAGGGAUUGGCAGUGCCCUGCAGCAAGUUCAACAGCAUGAUUCCUGUAGCUUUGUAUUCGGGUCAUAAAGAAAGAAAGCAGCAUGGCCUGUCCUCUGUCAUGCCCUUCCCCUUAAAGAAGAAAGCUUAAUCCAUAACCCUUUUUCUGUCAUUAAUAACCUCUCUCUCUCUCUCUACCCUUUAGCACACCUUUCAUGUGGGCUUUGCCAUGAACCAUGUGACUACAAAGAACCCAGUUCCCCAGAAACAAAGAAGAAUAUGUAGCUGAAGAAAGAGAAAGAAGAGCUCACAAGUUAUAGGACAAUGGAUGAUGGCUCCCCACCUACAAAACAAGUUCUGAAGGUUCACAAAGUGUCCAAGAUGGACAGUUCAGUCUCCAAGAGAAGGAAGGUGGUUCAGAAGACUGUGGUCACAUCCAGAAUUGAAGCAGAUGUGCGGAAACAGAAGGGUGAAUCUCCACCUUCAGAUUUUUGGUCUUGGAGGAAAUAUGGACAGAAACCCAUCAAAGGGUCUCCAUAUCCUAGGGGCUAUUACAAGUGUAGCACCUCCAAAGGUUGUUCAGCCAAGAAGCAAGUGGAGAGGAGCAAAACAGAUUCAUCCCUUCUGAUCAUCACCUACACCUCAGACCACAAUCAUGCAGGCCCUCACCUCCCCUCGCUUUGCCCACAAGAACCAUCCCCCCAGAGUCAGUCCAUUAUUAACCAAGACCUCUCCAUACCCAAGAGCCCAAGCCAACCCAACACCACAAGUGAAGAAAGCCUCAGCAAGGAGAAAUCUCCACCCCCAUUUCCACCCCAGCGCCCCCAAGAGGUCUCUCAACAAAACCAGCCAAGAGAAGCAGUCCAUGAUCAUCAGCUAAAUAUCCUCUUUGAUGAAGAGGACCCCCUCCCUUCCCCGAACUCGAUGACAGCACCAAAGACUGAUGGGGAGAAUGACUUCUUCGAUGAGCUAGAGGAGCUGCCCGUCCCUUCAUCUCUCACAAGCUUGGUCAGAGAAAGCUUCUUCGAUGAAAGGAUCCUGUUCCUCCCUUCUCGAACUACAUUCUCUUUGAUGUAGCUGGGCUUGCUUGUUCGUACUUCAUGCAGACCAUAGCAGUUUCUUUUUCUAGAUUUCCUCCCUCUUUAAUCUUUGUCCUCUCACUGUACGUAAUUCAGUCUCUUGUUUUGGAAUGAAAUCAUCAUAUGGGAGUGGAAAAGCUGGCUCGCUUUGUUUUCGAA